AUGAUGAAGAAAUUGAGAGAGAAAGAGGAUGAGAGGGGACGCAAGUGGAGACCAGAGCUGAACAACUCAGAGGCAGAGACCAGAGCAGAACAACUCAGACGUCAGAGCAGAAACCGGAGCAUCUCAGAGGCCAGAGCAGAGACAAGAGCAUCUCAGAGGCCAGAGCAGAGUAGCUCAGACCAGAGUAGAGACAAGAGCAUCUCAGAGGCCAGAGCAGAGCAGCUCCAAGUGCACAAGGUUUUCACCAUCUCAGUGGACAAUACCUCAAACAAUAAUGUGACAAUUCGAAUUGCUAAAGAAACAUUCUCUAGGAGCCGUAAAUUGCCAUUGGAAGAGUCUAGGUUGAACAAAUUCUCUGAUGUUGUGCACCACUUAGGAAUUUCUGUGAAAAGGAUGAUCAUUGAUUGUCCAACUCGUUGGAAUUCUACAUAUGAGAUGUUACUUGAGGCAUAUAGAGUUAGAGAUGUAUUUCAUGUAUUUCAACAAAGAGAGCCUUCAUGUCGUUUUUGUCCUAGCAUUCAUGAUUGGAUGAAAGUGAAGGAUGUUGUUGACAUUUUAGAGGUCUUUUAUGAAGCCACUCAUGUGAUUUCUGGAGUUGAUUAUCCUACUUCUAAUGUCUAUCUUGAUGUCAUUUGGAGAGUCAAGCAUGUAUUGAAUGACAAGGAAAAUCAUGUUGAUGAGUUCAUUAGAGUAAUGAUUAAAAAGAUGAAGGAAAAAUUUGACAAAUAUUGGGAAAGUUGCAAUCUUUUGAUGGCUAUGGGAGCAAUACUUGACCCUAGGUUCAAAAUGAGGUUGGUUGAUUUUGUUUUCCAUAAGAUAUAUAAUGAGGUUGAUGCACGUGCAAAUAUAAUGAAGGUUCAAGAUGCAUUAUAUGAGAUGUACUUUGAGUAUGUUGAAGUUGAUAAUGCAAAAUCUCGAAAGGGUACUACUUUAGAAAGAUGUUCUGCCACAUGCACAUGCUUCACAUCUCAAGGAAAAUUAGUGCCUAGUGGUCUGGGUUUAAAAAAGCGCGCCCAGGCGCGCCUUAAGCAAGGCACAUGGGUGUAG